AUGCCGGAUGACGCCGGGACGGGGGAUGAGGGCCCCUUGUCCUCGACGUCCAAGUUUUUUCGAAACCAUGCGCCGUUCACAGCCCGCAUCAAGAAAAUGAUGCAGUCGGACGAGGACGUGGGCAAGGUGGCCAAGGCCAGCCCCAUCCUCAUCUCCAAGGCCCUGGACGAUUUCCUGAGCAAGUUGCUGGAGGGGUCCAUUGCCGUAGCACAGCAGCACAAUGCCAAGAUCCUCAAUAGCUCCCACAUCAAGGCCCACGUCCAGUCGGAUCCCUUGCUGGACUUUUGCCGAGAGGCCGUGGCCGAGGUCCCAGACCUCCCGCCCGUCACCGACGAGGUGGAGGCAGCGACGCCGCGCGCCAAGAAGCGAGCAAAGCCUGCAGCGAAGGAGGAGGGCCGCACCGCCGGCCCGGCAAAGCCUCGCGCCCCACGACAGAAGAAGCCUGCAUCAGGCGCGGGGCAGGCCGCCGUCCUGGCCGGCGAGGCUGGUGCCCCGGGCACCACUGGAGGAGGGGAUGAGGCGCCCGGGCUGCAACAGGCAGCCGCCACUGGGCCGGAGCAGGAGGCUGCAUCCCUGCCAGCUCACGACGGCGGGGAUACAGUGGAGCAGGCCCCUUUGGUCGUAGGAGAGGGUACGGAGCGAGGGAGCUCCCACCCGGCGCAAGGGACAGGGGCUGAUCGGGGGCCAGCCUCUGCGGCUGCAGAGUCCCUGGCGGGGCCCGCUGGGACGGCCCUGCAGGACCCCGAGCCAACGGAGGAUGACUACGACGAGGACGACUACGACGAGGAGUGA